CACCAACCGAACAUCUCGCAUUCUCUAUCUCCAGUGUGUGUGUCUGUGUGUGAGAGAGAGUGAGAAGCUGCUGCUGCAAACACCAUAUUCUCCAAAACCCUUUACUUUCUGCUUCGAGAUUCUCACUUCACUUUCACUCAUCCCUACUAUCAUCAAACCCUUUAUCUAUAUUUUUUUCAAAUCGACAUUUUCCCCAAUCUUUACCCGAUCAAACUUUGCUGAAAAACUCUUUGUUUUUCUUCAAAUUAAAAAUGCCGAUCAACAAAGAACCGGCGACUCCGCCGAUGAUCGGCAAGAUCGGUCCUUACACCGUAUUCGUUACUCCUCCUCCUACCCCCAAACCUUCAUUCGAAUCUUCUCCUGUGUCGGUUUCUGAAUCUCCGAAGAGAAAAGAUGUUUCGCCGCCGCCUCUGAAAUCCUCCCCACCGAUUCAGCCGCCGGCGAUGAAAUCCGCUCCUCCGGUCCUUCCUCCACCGGUUCAAUACGAGAAGUCCGCUUCGGCCUACGACUCGAAGUUCGGUUUCUUUUGGGAUGCCGUCGCUAAAGUCCAGAAUGCACAUUCAAGUUUGGAUGAUUAUGUAGCUCGUUGGUUUGGGCUGAAUCAAUCGAAAUAUCAAUGGGCUCUUGAUGAUUAUUACGAAAAGAAUGGCGUGGACCAUGUUGAUGCAAAAGUUAAAGAUGUAUCCACAAAAGCACAAAGUGUGUAAACAUCCAACUCAGAUGGGAAUGGUGUUGAGAAAGGCACCUUGAGACACUUUUUGAUUAAGAUAUGUCUAUAUGUCAAAAACAUCACAUAAUAUAUAUAUAUAUAUGAUUUGCUUAGUGGUUGGAUUUGGAUCGAAUCAAAUCUAUACAUUUAUGAUUUAUCAAAAAUCUUUUGCUACUUGUGCUGCAUUUGGAGGCCUGAUGAUGUUAUUAAUGUGAAAGUAUGAUAUGAGGCAUGUAAGAAUUAAGACGUAACAUCCUUUUUUGUUUACCAUGUUUUCUCUUAACAACUCUGCCUAAAAUAGGCUAAUCUCUCAAGACUUGUAAUCAUG